ACUAGACUUUCCAUUACAUUUGCCUCAAUAAUAUUUACGACUGCAUUAAAAAAAUAGCGAAACUUUCUCGUUUUAAAGGGUCGGUUUGAUGAGACAUGGUAAAUUGUUAGCUGAAUCGGCGCCGCAGAAAUUACUGGAGAAAUUUCAAUGCUCGUCAUUGGAUGAAAUUCUCCUGAAAUUAUGCGAGGCACAAAAUAAUGCAGUUACUUUAAAUGAAGCUCAGGGAUCCAAUAUGGAAGACACGGGUAGCGCUGCCUUCACUCACGAUCAAGACAAAUAUGAACAACUAAAAGGAAACAAAAGGGUUUCGAAUAGACAAGUUUCACGGUUAAGAAGAUUCCAAGCUCUAUUUGUAAAGAAUAUCAUCCGAUUUACCCGUGAUUACUCACAGCUAAUUAUUGCGAUAGUCUUGCCGAUAGUCGAACCCAGUAUAUUGCUUUUCGCAAUAGGUAGUGAUCCAAAGAACUUGAAUAUUGGAAUUGUUAAUGAUGAAGCUGGCAAUUGCGAAUACGGCAGCAACUUUGGCAAUAUUUGGAAUGACGAAACUACCUGCCACUUCGGCAAUCUCAGUUGUAGAUUCCUACACAUUUUGACAAUUCCAUUGCAACACAGAAGUAUUAUGACAAUAUAUCAGAAGCGAGAUAUGAUAUCCAAAGAGGAGAACUUCAUGGUAUAAUAUAUUUUCAUCAAAAUUUUUCCGAAGCUCUAGAGAUACGAAUGGAAAAUGUCACUUUCACGAAGGAUUAAUUUUCAUCUUCUUGCCAGUCAGAUUCAAGUUUUCCUCGACAUGAGCGGUACGUUAUAUGUUGUGCAGGGCAUUUCACAAAUAGUUUAAAAAAUUUCACUAUUUUGUAUAUGUGUAUGUAUGUUUUGACACAGCCGCG